AAUCUGUGUUUUAAAUAAAUGAUGGCUUUGUCAACAGCUCACCCAGCCUUACUGGUCUUUUAGUGAGUGAAGACGGUGAAGAUAUUCCCCGGGUGAGCCCACUGUUAUCAACAACAUUGCUGUUAUUAUUAUUAUUACUAGAAUUGAAAUCACUGUGUCUCUAGUCUGCAUCCUCCUUCUGCACUGCGUUGACCCAGCCAUGAACCCAGAGUAUGACUACUUGUUCAAGCUUCUGUUGAUCGGCGACUCUGGGGUUGGCAAGUCGUGUCUGCUGCUCCGCUUCGCAGAUGACACUUACACAGACAGCUACAUCAGCACCAUUGGAGUGGAUUUCAAAAUCAGGACCAUCGAACUGGAGGGGAAGACUGUGAAGCUUCAGAUUUGGGACACUGCUGGACAGGAACGUUUCCGGACCAUCACAUCCAGUUACUACAGAGGGGCUCAUGGGAUCAUCAUCGUCUACGACGUGACAGAUCAGGAGUCCUUCAAUAACGUGAAGCACUGGCUGGAGGAAAUCAGCCGCUACGCCAGCGAGAACGUCAGCAGGCUGCUGGUGGGAAACAAAUGUGACCUGGCCUCCAAAAAGGUGGUGGACUUCACGACCGGAAAGGAGUACGCCACGUCCCUUGAGAUCCCCUUUCUCGAGACCAGCGCCAAGAACGCCACCAACGUCGAGCAGGCGUUCGUCACUAUGUCGACGGAGAUCAAGAAACGGGUGGGCCAUGACGCCGUUCAGAGCGAGGCGGGAAAAAGCACCGCGCAGAUCCACAGCUCCCCCUUGUGGUCUGGAGGGGGAAAGCAGGGAGGGGAGGAGAGUAGAUGUUGCUAAAUAUAUAUGGGAAUUCAAGAUAGCGUAGAGCAGUAUGUGUAUGUAUAUACACUGUGUGUGUGUGUAUAUAUAUGUGCACAUUUAUUAGGACACCUCAUUGUUUCUGCAGUUUGUAUUUGUUGUGCAGAUGAAAUCAAACCACUGCAGCAAUAAAUCUUGGAAAAUUGUCAGCAGAGAUAAAUUAGUGAUUGUCUACACAUGCAGAUCAUUUAAAAUAGUCGGAGAAAAGGAACUCACAGCCACAAAUAGUCAUAUGCAUGAGACUUUUUAGUUGUGUAGCCUAAUUAAAGCACAAAGAAAGUGGUCUAACAUUUUCACACAAGUGCCUGCUGUUUCUGUGUCAGAGUGAAAUCUGAAACUGUCACGGGUUAGGGUUAGGCAUAUGGAGGAUAUAAAUGACUAAUCUUGCAUGUUAGUCUGCAGUGUACGUGUGUCUGAUACAACAUUGUUAAUUACCAAGCAGCAUGUAAUUACAUUUUCUCUCUUUUUUUUUGUGUAUUCACUUUUCAUGAUGUUUCUAAUCAUUCAGUAUUAUUUGAGCCGUUGCACUCAAUGAAUGCAAACAUCGCAAAAAGUUAAAUGGACAAGUAGAAAAAUAGGAAUUUCAACUUCCAGUCUGGAAACUGUACGUGAUUUCAUCCUUGAUUGAUCAGAUGAGUCAGUUGGCCCAUUUAAAACAUUUUCUAAUUCUGAAUGCCUCCCACGUUAGAAAAACAAAGGGUUCACUUCAGUGUGCGCCUUGACUUGACAUCUGUGAAAAAUCUGGAAUUGACUUGUGUUGUCAAAAAAA